GCACCAGGAGAUUACGCCCUGCGUCGUGCCUACCCUCUGGCAGUCCUGAAGGUCUGGACGUGUUGCCGCUGACUUUGCCUUCUGCAGUCCGAGGAAGGGGAGACCUGUUUGUGAGUGAAGUGGCAUCUGGUUUAUCGGCGGGAGAAAUCCAGACCUCGUCGGAAGGUCACUGAAUCAUCAGUCUUCUCUCCCACACUCCAACCUUUAAGUCAUCAUGCCUCGUGGUCAGAAGAGUAAGAUCCGUGCCCGUGAAAAACGCCGCCAGGCUCGAGAAGAGCCUAUGAAUGUAAUGGGUCUUCAAGCUACUGUAGCAAAAGAAGAGUCCUCUGCUUCAAGUCCUCAUUCCAUCAAUAAUCCUGAGAGGUCAUCUGCUGCUAGAGCAACCACCAGUCAAGAGCCUGAGAGUGCCUCAUCUACCAUGGCUGCUGCUGCUGCAUCAUGCACAAGUUUUGAUGAAGACACCUGCAACCAAGUUGGGGAAAUGCUAAGUAAUUUAGAGCUGACCACUAAGGAGUGCCAGAAAGACUUUGUGGAGGAAAGAGUUGCUAUCUUGGUACACUACCUGCUCUAUAAGUAUCAAAUGAAGGAGCCCUUUACAAAGGUGGAAAUACUGAAAAAUGUAAUUCAGGUAACCAAGAAUCACUUCUCUGAUGACCUGAAAAAAGCCUCUAAUCACCUGGAGUUGACCUUUGGCCUUGAUUUGAAAAAAUUAGAUACCAGUAAGAAUACCUAUGUCCUCAUCAACAAGCUGGAAUUAGACCGAGAUGUGAAAGUGAAUGAUAAUGAGUAUGUACCCACGACCGGUCUACUGAUGAAUAUCCUGGGUGUGAUCUUCACAAAGGGCAACUGUGCCAUUGAGGAGCAAGUCUGGGAAGUGCUAAGUAUGAUGGGGAUAUUUGAUGGGCACCAGCACCACUUCUUUGGGGAUACUAGAAAGCUCAUCACCAAAGAUUUAGUGAAAGAAAAGUACCUGGAGUACCGGCAGGUACCCAACAGUAAUCCUCCACGUUAUGAAUUCCUGUGGGGCCCAAGAGCCUGUGCUGAAACCAGCAAGAUGAAAGUGCUGGAGUUUUUGGCCAAGAUCUAUAAUUGUGCUCCUAGUUCCUUCUCACCCUGGUAUGAGGAAGCAUUGAAAGAUGAGGAAGAAAGAGCCAAAGCCAGAGUUGCUGCUAGGUCUCAUUCAGCUGCUGUAGCCCGUUCACGUUCCAAGGUCAAUCCCAGCAGCUUUCCUAGUCCCAGGUGAAGUGUAAGAAAGACACUUCACUAUGCUUUUAAAGAGAAAAGCUAAUGUUCUCUUUAGUGGAGUGUGGCAUGAGAUUUGGCAACAACAUAGUGUUUAGUGUGUGUUCCUGUUCUGUGUGGUAAUUUGGGUAACUUAGAAAUUUAUUUAAAUGUUCUUUUUAGUAGAUAGUUUAUAUAGCUUCAGAAUUCAAUUUAUGAGUGAUAUAAACCAUACAUUUUUCUAUGUUUAUGUUUAAGAAUGAAGGUUUCAUUAUUUUAUAGAGUAAGUUGAGAAACAUUCCAUUGUACUUAGUAAUUUCAAGCAGGAUAACACAAUAUUGGAUUAGUCAUUUCCUUGGAAAAGACCCAGGAGAAAAAUAAGAUAAGUUAGAGGAAAAAAGUA